CUGGUUCAGGAUCAAGGCUUUACAGCAAAAGCAACAAUGAGUAAGAGUCCUUGGAACAUUGUUCUAGAAGCUUCCAAUGCUAUUGAUGGUGAUACAGGCGCCAAAAAGCCAUGUACCGCUAUGAACGUCUCUGGGGGAUACGAAAGUGUCUGGUGGAAAGUGUGGCUGCAAAGGACUUUUAACGUUGCCGAAUUAAAGAUCUAUUUUCGACCUGCUACGAUAUAUCGGUCAACAGGAUUUUCAAUAUACGUUUAUGACGAUGAGUCCUACAAUCCUCCUAGUAAUGUAUCAGGAAGUCUAGUGUACCAACACGAUCCAUCUAACGGUUGUCCGUCAAAUAUCACCACUAUAACUGUGAACAGAACAACACAAGGCAUCGCUUUUUAUAACACUAGACAAAGAGCUCUAACCUCUGCAUGUAUCGACAAAAGUCCAGACAGAAAGGUGGUAGAGAUUUGUGAAGUCGAUGUACUGGGUUGUGAUGCAACACGAUAUAGUCAAGGUUGUUCUCAUGAAUGUGACAGAAGAUGUCUCAACCAACACUGUGAUGCCUAUAAUGGUAAAUGCAUAUAUGGUUGCAGUGAGCCGCAUCGUUCUGGACCGUAUUGUGCAGAUUGCAAAGACGGAUACUAUGGAGUAAACUGUACACAGGAAUGUGGUCAUUGCACAGAUAUACACGACUGUGAUACGACAACAGGUGUCUGCUUAAAGGGAUGUCUGCCGCACUGGAAUGGAUCGACAUGUGAUGUUUGUGCUGGUGGAUAUUAUGGGGAAAACUGUUCAUUGCAUUGUGGUCACUGUGAGGAUAACAAACCCUGUGAUCAGCAUGGACACUGUCCGGUUAAAUGUACCACCGCUGGACAUUGGAUGUAUCCAAAAUGUCAAGAGUGUGACAUUGGAUUUUAUGGAGAAAAUUGUACUCAGAAAUGUGGACACUGUGUGGAUAAAAGUGAUUGUAAUAAAGCAUCAGGCGUAUGCAGGGACGGGUGUCAGUGGCAUUGGAAUGGUUCUAGAUGCGAUGUUUGUGCCGACGGAUACUAUGGCGACAGUUGUUCAUUGCGUUGUGGACGCUGUAAAGAUAACAAGCCUUGUGAUCAGACUGGACACUGUCCUGUAAACUGCACCAAAGUUGGACAUUGGCAAUAUCCAAAAUGUCAAGAUUGUGUGGAUGGAUUUUAUGGAUCCGAAUGCAACAAGACAUGUGGGCAUUGUAUGGACAAUACACAGUGCAAUAAAACAACUGGUCAUUGUGUUAGUGGAUGUAGAGGAAACUGGAUGGAACCGAAAUGUCAAGGUUGUGUGGACUACUUUUAUGACGAAGUUUGUUCAAGUAAGUGCGGAAGCUGUGCAAAUAAUGCAAGCUGUAACAAGAUGAAUGGGAUAUGUGAUGAUGGUUGCAGUGGGAAUUUUCAAUUGCCACUGUGUCAUAAAUGUGUUGGUAAUUUUUACGGCCCACAUUGUAAUUUAACGUGUGGACACUGUAAGGGAAAUGGAACGUGUGACAAAGGGACCGGGAAAUGCACUAGAGGAUCUGUAGAACAUAACUCCGACAUCGGUGUUGUUGCUGGAGGAAUCGCGAGUGGAUUGUUAUUUUUGGCAGUCGGAGUGGCUAUUUUGAUGAUCACAAGGUAA